CAUUUAAAUGUAACAAAUCUAAGAAAUAAAAAGAUCAAAAAAAACUUGAUAAAGAUGGAGAGUUUAGAAAUAAAACUUUGAGAUUGGUGGCGUGGCGGUGUAGCUGCCAACUCACACCCAGAAUACUAUAAAAUCUUGUGGUUUCAAAAAUCCAAAAGAUCAUAUUUAUUUUUUUCAUCCAUGAAGACCAUAAAGCUUGGCAUUGUAGGCCAAAGAACUGAAUAUUGGUUCCAUUCUUUAAUCUUAAGAGCAUUAUCUUCUGUAACUAACCAAACUGAUCUCCACAAAGUUCAUUCUCUCAUAGUAGUUUCAGGCCAGCAUCAAUCAACGUUCUUCUGUGGAAAACUCAUUUCGAAGUACUCCCAGUUCAAAGACCCUGUUUCUUCAUUAUCCAUUUUCCGCAUAAAUUCGCCUACACAUAAUGUUUACUUAUGGAACACUAUCAUUAGAGCCAUGACCCAUAAUGGGUUAUGGUCUAAAGCAUUAGACUUUUAUACCCAAAUGAGAAAAUUAAAUGUUAAGCCUGAUAAUUAUACAUUCCCUUCGAUUAUUAAUUCGUGUGGCAGUUUAUUGGAUCUUGAAAUGGUGAAAAUUGUGCAUAAUGAGGUUUCGGAGAUGGGGUUUGGAUCAGAUUUGUAUAUAUGUAAUGCUUUGAUUGAUAUGUAUGCGAGGAUGAACGAAUUAGGGAGAGCGCGUGUGGUGUUUGAUGAAAUGCCUAGUAGAGACGUGGUUUCUUGGAAUAGUUUGGUUUCAGGGUAUAGUGCGAAUGGGUAUUGGGAGGAGGCUUUAGAAGUUUUUCGAGAGGGAAGGUUAUCAGGUGUUGCUGCUGAUGCUUUUACUGUGUCUAGUGUUUUACCUGCAUGUGGGGGUCUGAUGGAGGUUGAACAGGGUCAGAUGGUUCAUGGGUUGGUGGAGAAGAGUGGCAUUAAGGGAGAUAUGGCUGUGAGUAAUGGUCUGCUUUCAAUGUACUUUAAGUUUGAGAGGUUGUUGGACUGUCAGAGAAUCUUUGAUGAGAUGAUAUAUAGAGAUAUUGUCACUUGGAAUAUUAUAAUUUGUGGGUUUUCUCACUCGGGGUUGUAUCAGGAGUCCAUCAAAUUGUUUCAAGAAAUGGUUGAUGAACACAAGCCAGAUCUCCUUACAGUUACUUCUGUUUUGCAAGCUUGUGGGCAUAUGGGGGAUUUACGAUUUGGAAGAUUCGUUCAUGACUAUAUUUUGGAAAACAGAUACGAAUGUGACACGACUGCUUGCAAUAUCAUAAUUAACAUGUAUGCAAGAUGUGGUGAUUUGGUGGCUGCAAGGCAAGUUUUUGACAACAUGAAAAGAUGGGAUUUGGUCUCAUGGAACUCAAUAAUUAGUGGUUAUUUUGAGAACGGGCUUAAUAAAGAAGCAGUUGAUCUGCUUAAGAUGAUGAGGAUAGACUUGCAACCUGAUUCUGUCACUUUUGUCACACUACUCUCAAUGUGUACAAAAUUGAUGGACGUGGAUUUUACAAGAGAGCUCCACUGCGAUAUAAUUAAGAGAGGAUAUGAUUCCACUCUUAUUGUGGGCAAUGCUCUUCUAGACGUGUAUGCUAAAUGUGGUAGAAUGGAGCAUUCAGUAUGGCAAUUUGAGAUCAUGACUAGUAGAGAUAUUGUAACGUGGAAUACUAUUAUUGCUGCCUGUAGCCAUUAUGAGGAAAGUUACUUAGGUUUAAAGAUGCUCAGUAGGAUGAGAACGGAAGGACUCAUGCCAGAUGUGGCUACCAUUUUAGGUUCGCUGCCUUUGUGUUCCUUACUUGCUGCCAAAAGACAGGGAAAAGAGCUGCAUGGCUUCAUAAUCAGGCUCAAAUUUGAGUCACAAGUCCCUGUUGGAAAUGCACUGAUCGAGAUGUACUCUAAAACUGGGAGUUUAAAGAAUGCGAUAUCGGUCUUUGAGCACAUGAGUAUUAAAGAUGUGGUGACAUGGACAGCAAUGAUCUCUGCAUAUGGAAUGUAUGGUGAAGGAAAGAAGGCUCUCAGAUCUUUUCAGCAGAUGAAGGAGACGGGUACUAUUCCCGAUCAUAUUGUUUUUGUUGCCGUUAUAUAUGCUUGUAGCCAUUCUGGUUUAGUGCAAGAAGGUCGUGCAUGCUUUAACCAAAUGAGAAAAACAUACAACAUUGAGCCUAGGAUUGAACAUUAUGCUUGCAUGGUUGAUCUCUUAUCACGUUCUGGGCUACUGGCUGAAGCAGAGGAUUUUAUCCUUUCUAUGCCGCUGCGGCCUGAUGCAAGUAUGUGGGGAUCUCUACUUAGUGCUUGUCGAGCUAGUGGAGAUACCGUGACUGCUGAGCGUGUCGUAGAACGCCUUGUUGAAUUGAACUCUGAUGAUCCUGGGUAUAAUGUUUUAGCUUCCAAUGUAUAUGCCUCCUUAAGGAAGUGGGACCAAGUGAGAACAAUACGAAAAUCUUUGAAAGCUAGAGGUCUUAGGAAAGACCCAGGAUGUAGCUGGAUUGAGAUUUCUAACAGAGUUUUUAUUUUUGGCACUGGUGAUAGGUCCUUUCAACAAUUCAAGCAAGUCAAUGAGCUCAUAGAGGACCUCAAUAGAACAAUGGACAAGGAAGGUUAUGUUGCUGACUUAAAAUUUGUUUUGCAUGAUGUCGGUGAAGAUGAGAAGAUAAAUUUGCUUUAUGGGCAUAGUGAAAGACUUGCUAUAGCAUUUGGAUUGUUGAACACAAAAGAAGGUUCACCUUUGCAAGUAAUGAAGAAUCUACGGGUUUGUGGAGAUUGCCACACUUGGACCAAGUAUGUGUCAAAAAUUGUUCAGAGGGAAAUACUAGUUAGAGAUGCAAAUCGCUUUCACUUGUUCAAGGAUGGGACAUGUAGCUGCAGAGACCGCUGGUAAUUAAAGUUUGUUGUCUUUCCUAAUACUUAAAAGAUGGAAAGAUCCCUACAAUUGAGCAAAUUAAGGCUCUAUCAUUUGGAAACAAUCUGGAGGAUUGGUGCGUUAGUUGACUUCAAGACAGAUGCAAAACUAUUAAGGUCUCCCGUAUCUGGGCGACGAAUGCAUAGAAUCACUGCUGGUUUAUCACGCCAGAGCUCUGAAGCCUUCAUUGGCGGAGUCUUUGAUUUCACCAGACGCUCCAUUCCAAUCUUGUACUCUGGUGUCAGUUUCUGAACUGAGAUAUUCUCAAUGGAGGAAUAAGGAGCAACAUUCUCGAUUACUGGGGUUGCCUGCACACAGCCACAUGCUCUAGGCUCAUCUGGCAUUGAAGCUACAAUUCCCUUAAAAACAUGUCCAUCUUUAAUUUUGAAAUCAGCCAUUGAUUGUUCAAGGGAUGCAUCAUAAGCUGUAUUGGUUCUUCCAAGAGAUCUUGUCAUACUUUGCUUCCUGGUGGUGACAGCAGAAAUUUUCUCGUAAAGACUCUCAUUCCUUGAGGCUGUUCUUCUGCUCGCUUGGAGAUUAUAGGCUUCUGACAAAGUGUCUCCCGCAGAAGUUGUAGUUCUGUCUGUAAAACGGGCAACAUGGCCCCUUUUCAUUCCAUACACUGUAGUAAGAUCUACUUUGGUUAGCUUAAGAAGCUCAGGAAGAGACUUCCCAGACUCCUCAAGCGUAUCCGCAUAUUGCAUCAGUGCACGAUUGUGCAGGCCAUAUUAUCUAGGGAAACACAAGAGUUACUCAUUUAUUGACACAGAUUCGCAAAAUUAUAUGAAGAUGAACCCCAGAUGAUUUUCUCGAGAGAUAACAAGAAAGGGUGAAUUAUCAAUAAAGAGAACCUUUUGUCGUUGAGUCAUGUUCAACUCGUUCAUAUCGUCUGCAUUCAUAGUCUUCAAAGUUGGUACAUCAUCCCAGCCUUCCUCCAGCAGCUUUGGUAGAAGUCCUUGCAGAGAUCCACUUCCAACAAAGUCCUCGAUUGCGAAAGAAGCCAUCUUCUUCUCAAGCAGAGUAAGAGUGAGAAUAGAUACUUGGAAUAAAGUCUUGUUUAUGCAAGUUUGAAACAGUCACUUCGACACUCUCUAUGGAUUUGGUCAAUUCCUGCCCAAAUGUUACAUGUAAUCUUACAGUGACUGAUGAACUACUUCACUCAGAGAUAGAUAUGACAUGUUUUCAAAAAGUUAAAGAUGACUAGUUCCAGUCAUGACGGAAGAAAGAUGAAAUAUUGAAGGCUGCAAAAUGGAAGUAUUGACAAAUGACAAAAGGUAAAGUUUCUAUUACUAAAUCUUCUUUAGUUCAAUCAGAGAGGGGCAGAUUGAAUAUUUAAAGCUCUGUUGGCCAACUGCCGGCCAAACAUUUUUGCCAAAGCUGCACCAGUUGUCAUACCUUAUGAAAUCCUACCUGUCCCAAAGGGAAGUCCCCAAAGUGGGACUAUAUAUUAACUCAGUCUCUGACGAAGAAGGUUCAUUGUACAUAUAGAUGUUUCACUCCUGCGAUAUGACCAAGCUUGUUCUUGGUCAAAUAACAUCUGCUUCUACUGAACUUAAUUACGAAACUAUUGUGAAUUUCAGUUACCCAAUUAUAGUACACAUUGUUUAGGUGUGUAAUUGAUAACUUCACAAUUGUUUAUGUAUGUUUUUAUGUCAAUAUUACUCUUAAUGUGAUACUGUUUGGUUCAUAAUCUAAUACAUCGGAAUAUUGAAACGAGACUUUCAUAUUAUUAUUAA